AUGACUCCAGUGCUAGGAGGGAAGGUGCCAGACCAGCUGGUGAAACCGAGUACUCCACUGACCUGACGGGAAAACUGGAUGACUCCAGUGCUAGGAGGGAAGGUGCCAGACCAGCUGGUGAAACCGAGUACUCCACUGACCUGACGGGAAAACUGGUGCGGCCCCGCUUCACGCAGCCGGCCAAAAUGAGAAAGCGUGUGAUCGCCCGGCCAGUGGGAAGCUCAGUAAGGCUCAAGUGCACCGCCAGCGGCAACCCCAGACCUGACAUCGUCUGGCUGAAAGACAGCAGGCCUCUGACGCCCGAGGAGGUGGGCGAGGGCCGAAAGAAGAAGUGGACUCUCAGCCUGAAGAAUCUUACACCUGAACACAGCGGCAAGUACACGUGUCAUGUGUCCAACCGUGCCGGGGAGAUCAACGCCACCUAUAAAGUGGAAGUCAUCCAGCGCACAAAUUCCAAGCCCAUCUUGACUGGCACUCAUCCAGUAAACACUACAAUAGACUACGGUGGCACCACAUCUUUCCAGUGUAAAGUACGCAGUGAUGUCAAGCCGGUUAUCCAGUGGCUAAAGAGGGUCGAACCAGGCGGUGAGAGCAAGUACAACUCCACCAUUGAGGUCGGAGACCAUCACUUCAUUGUGUUGCCCACGGGUGACGUGUGGUCACGACCAGACGGCUCCUAUUUGAACAAGCUACUUAUCACUCGAGCCAAGGAGGAGGACGCUGGCAUGUACAUCUGCCUUGGAGCCAAUACCAUGGGCUACAGCUUCCGCAGUGCCUUCCUUACUGUUCUGCCUGACCCAAAGCCACCAUUCUCCCCGAUCCCGUCGAUUCUGCCUCCCAGCCUUCCCUGGCCCGUCAUCAUCGGCAUCCCCGCGGGAGUGAUCUUCAUUUUGGGCACCGUCCUGCUCUGGUUCUGCCAGUCCAGGAAGCACUGUUCCUCAGGAGCCAUAAUCUCAGGCCAGACUUUACCCAACGGCCACCGACAGCCACCCAGAGACCAGGCGCGGGCGGCUGCCGAGAAAGACUGCAUCGGCUCCGUCACCUACGAGGAGUAUUUGGCUCAGCAGCAACAACAACAGCUUCUGCUGGCCCAAGCUGCUCCCAAAGUCUACCCAAAGAUCUAUUCAGACAUUCACACACAUACUCACUCGCACGUGGACGGCAAAAUUCACCAGCACCAACACAUCCACUACCAAUGUUAGCCUUCAUACUUACAGUCCACUGGUUCAUUCUUCAAAGAUCUCCUCAGUCGCUGACGCAACAUUUUGUCGCCAAAAUAGGGCAGCGUGUUGGCCAGGAUGGGCAAGGGCUUCCUCAAACACACAUUUCUGCUCAAAAUCCAGAGAAUGGAAAGACAGUUGAGCCACGUUGGUGAAGUCUAACCAGUCCCUCGCUCUGAAUACCGCAAGCAUAAGGACAUUAUGAACAGUGGGGUGGAAAAGGGCAAAGCUAACGAACAAAUGACAAUAUUUGAGUCUGUUUUGAAAUGGAGAAAGGAUUCACAGAAACAUUGCUUACAGCAAACACUUUUGUAGGUUUGUAUGGGACAAAAGACAUGUAUUGUCUCUUCAAUCUGCUUUCAAACUGUGAUUCAGGAGCGAACUGAUGCUACGAUGUUUUAAUACGAUUUUUUUCAUAAGCCCAUUGACUAAUUUUGUGGAUGGGGCCAAAAGGAUUUUUUGGAUUAGCACCAAAUCUCAGUGAAACGUUCGUUUGCAUGCAUAAGAAAAUUGUUUGCAGAUAUUGAGAGAUAAAGUUACAGUUUAUUUCCUGUAACAGUUUAUAUCCUUUACGACUGAUUGAAUACAUGAGAGCGUCUGCUCAUGUUGUUUUUGCAGGUAUGGUCUACCUUGUUUCAACUUUAAGAAAUGGUGUAGGUUCAGUCUAGUUUUCUGUCUAACCGUAUCUUUAAUGGAAAAAGAGAAUAUCCUUGAGCUCUAGUUAUAUCAUAACUAAAGAUAUGAUGAGAUUGUGGCAUUGUACGUUCUGGCAAGGGUUCCUUGUGUUUUCAUGAACUUUGUGCUUUUAUUUUCAGGGCCUGCUCUGAAUAACCUGAGGUACCGCAAUCCCAUAGUUCCUCUAUGGCCUUGUUUUUUUUUUUCGUUUAUGUGAAAGGGGGGUUGUAUUUUCAUAAGCUUGACCACUAUAAUGAAGACUGUAAAAUGCCUUUGACUGCUCAUGUAAUGGCUCCCAUUUAAUAUUUACAGAAGUGAGUCAGAGUUUCAAAAACAAACAUUAGACUGAAACUCAUUGUCCUUGCAUGUGUUUACCGUGAUGUUCAUGGUAAAAGUUCAAUGCUGAAAGGACUGCGGGAAUACAGGAAUGCACUUAACCCAGACAUCUGCUAGCUACUUCAGCAUAAAAAUUCAUUUGAAAUUCAUUGCCUGUUAUUUUAAGAAAGUCAGCCAAAAGAGGAAGCCUUGUAAAACGUUAGCGAUUCUAAAAUAGUUAAUUUAUUUGUAAGCAAUGUUUUGCUGGUUUGAAUUGGGCAUUAUCUAGAUGUUUUAAACCAAAUAUGAGUAUACAUAGCAUUGUCUUCCCUUAGCUGCAGUGUAAGCUAUGUAGCAUAUAUCAAGUGUUAAAUAUUUAUAUGUGCUGUUGUAAAAAAUAACACAACGGUUCUAAUUAGUUAUCUCUGUAUGGACAAUCUUGUACAGUCUGGCCUGUUUUCAUGUAAAAAAAUAUAUGUUUGUCACAUUGAAACAUUAAAAUCAUUUUAUAAUUAUCAUAAAAUGAUAAAGCUCUUGUU